UGCCCAAAAUAUUUUCCCACAGCAACUGCUGCCUCUGUAAUGUAGUUUAGCUUUUAAAAUGGAGAAGGAAUUGUGGCGUCAGUGUGUACGCUGGCUGACGGACACUGGUGUACUGCCCAGAGACCAUAAAACCUGCCAACCUCAUGCUGUUGUGUUUGACCUGGCACAAACAUUAAGAGAUGGAGUGAUACUGUGUAACCUGCUUAAUGUGAUUCAACCUGGAUCAGUGGAUUUCACUCAAAUUAAUUUACGACCACAAAUGUUACAGUUCUCAUGCUUACAAAACAUACGAACCACUCUACAUGCGUUGAACAAUGUGUUCAGACUGCAGGAGACAUUCUUGCCUUCAGAUCUCUAUGACAUGACCAAUAUUCCUCUGGUUCUUCAAGUUUUAUCCUUACUUUCACAAACCCCAGCAUCCCAGUAUAAGUUCAGGCCAUUCCCAGAAAGCCAUGUUGGUCGUAAACAAAUGUACAACCAUGAAGAAGAAGAAGAUAUUUACAGUAACCUUGCUGAUAUGGCUAGUCAACGAGACCUUGCAGACGAGGAAGAGAAUUUAUACGACUCCGUACCCGAGGACGUUGAUGAAGGGAUCUAUGGUUCGCUUAUCGCUGUCAAACAAGCAACUGGAACCUUGAAGGACAAACGAGGUUAUUGCAUCACUGAGAUAAUUGAGACAGAGAGAAACUACGUCCAACACCUUACUAUGAUGGUGGGAAAGUUCAUUGAACCUUUCCGACAACACCAAGGGAUUGAUGAGAAAGAUAUAAGGGCAAUCUUUAUGAAUAUAGAGGAUCUACUUCCAAUUCAUCAAGAUUUUCUUCGUGAGUUGGAGAAAAGUUCAAGUGAAAGUCCUUCCACGUUAAGCAGGCCGUUCCUUAAGUUUAAGGACCGUUUCCUCUUAUAUGGGUUAUACUGCAGCAAGUUAAUUGAUGCUCAAGAUCAUUUAGAAGAUGUGAAGAAAAUGAACCCGAGGUCUGGUAUGUUUGUUGAGGAAUGUGAAGCAAGGGCUAGCCCAAGUAAAUUCAAGUUACGCGAGUUACUAUGUGUUCCUAUGCAACGUAUACUGAAGUAUCAGUUGCUGGUUAAGGAAUUAAACAAGCACACAAUAGAUAAGCAUCCUGACAAAGGGGAGCUUGCUGGAGCCCUGGAGUCCAUGCAGGAGUUAUCUCAUUAUGUGAAUGAAGUGAAAAGAGACAGUGAGAUGUUGAUCACAAUCAACCAAGUCCAGUCUUGUCUAGUUGAAUAUUCAACACAAAUACCAUUGAACUCGUACGGACGACUGCAGAAAGAUGGAGAACUUCGUAUUAAAAGUACGAUGGAUAAAAAAGCAAAAUCAAGAAACACAUUCCUGUUUGAUCAAGCACUUUUCAUGACCAAAGAAGAGAACGGGAAUUACCAUCUAAAAGAUCUUCUUCGUUUGGAAGAAUAUAAACUCGAAGAAAUUCAACAAUCCAAGGGUGGAAAGUGGACAUGGAACUGGUGUUUGUCAGCCACAAAGAAUGGGUGUAACUCCUACAUGUUGUACGCAAAGACAGCUAUGGAUAAAACUAAGUGGAUCGAAAAACUCAAGGACUCAUUUGACAACAUCAGUCCACGAGAACUGAAGAACAAAUCCCACAACUUCAAGAUGCAUUCAUUCUCUGAGCCUACUUACUGCAACAAUUGUAACAAGUUGUUACUGGGGACUUUCUACCAGGGAUACUGGUGUCAAAGUACAAAUGCUAAAUGUCACAAACAUUGCCUCGGAGAAAUUUUGAAGAAACUCGAUUCCAAAGCAGUUCGAGCUUCACGACUUUACCCGCCCAACGCAGGUUCAUCAGGACCUGAAGUUCCACAGCGAGGCAAAAGAACUCGUCCUUUUGAUAAAAAACCCAUGGAAGCACCAAGCAUACCACCAAGUAUACCCACUCAACCUUUAAAAGCUGCAGCAGCAGUACCGCCCCCAACAAUGUACCGGGCCCAUCGUGACUAUAACGGCAACCCCCGACCUCCCUUUCCAGGGGUAAUGACAAUUUCAUUCUCGAGUCACGAGUACGUCAUGGUGGAUGAAGAAGUCAAUUCUGAUUGGUGGCUGGGGCACACAACAACAGAUCUCGAUCGGAAAGGUUAUUUCCCAGCUUCGUUUGUUAGUCCUGUGACUACUAAAUCAUCACGGCCAGAACGCUCGAACAAUGAUAUACAGAGCGUACCGGGUGAAUUUCCAAGGCGAUCCAAUCACCCCCCAGUUACACCUCCUCAACAAGCAAUACCAUUGGAAGAGAAUAUCUGGUAUGCUGGAACAAUGGACAGAGGUGAGGCUGAGAAUUUGUUGCACGAUAAACCUUCAGGAACCUUCCUAGUUAGAACCAGGGACGGACAUCUGGCUAUAAGUCUCAUAUAUUCCAAAGAAAUGAAACAUAUUCGUAUAAAUAGAUCAAGUGAAGGAUUGUAUUUUGUUGCUGAGUGCAAGAAUUUUAAAUCUGUGCAGGAACUGAUUCGAUAUUAUCGUGAAAACUCCAUGUCAUCAUCCUUCUUGGGGUUGGAAACCUCGCUACAAAUUCCGUAUCGUGACCCCAACUUCUUCCCAGGGAUGCCGGGGCCCAACACGCGUAACUUCCCCCCACAACCCCAGGUCCCACGUCAAGGACAUAGACCCAGUAUACCUGGACCCCAACAAAUAGUUGCGGCGAACGGCACCCAAUACGAAGUGAUCAGCCGAGCCGUCGUUCUUUUCAACUUCAGUCCCCGAAGCCCCCAGGAGCUUGGGUUAAGAGAGGGGCAACCUGUUAACGUGAUAAGCACAGCGGGAGAUGCACAUGGGUGGUGGAAAGGAGAGUCGGAAGGACAGGUGGGGUACUUCCCAGCUACAUUUGUCGAGGAGAUUCGUCAGUGAUGUUGAUUGUGAUGUCAGAUAUUUUAAUUGUGUCAAAUGGAGAGAACAUGCUUUAGUUCUCAAAAGAUUGUGACGUAACAAAUAUCACUGUAUUCGAUUCUUCACGCAUCAUGAUGAAAUUUUCUCAAUUGUUGGAAAUUCUUUAUUUAUUUGGAUUUUCUUCGAAUUUUUUACUUUUUAUUCGCGCUGUGCAAGAUUUUAUGAUUACCGCCACCCGUUCAUAUGAUGCCCCCUUCACGUUUCGCACUUAUAUCCACUGAUCAGUAGCUUUCAAUAUAAUCAGGACACUCAGCAGCACUCCUUGCAUGAUUGACCGCCGUGACGUCAUCACGUUUGUGACGUCAUUAAACUCGUGACGUCACCAAAUAUUAUGUGACGUCAUCUUAAAUCAGCAAGAAUCAUAAUCACUUGUAAAUAUUCCCAUUUUCGCCAUGAGAGUUAUCAGUCAUAUGACGUCAUGUUUUACGUCAUAGUAAGUUUAAAAUGUGAUUCGUUUUUUGGUUUUUAACGUAAUUUGUUUUCGUUCUUUUAAAACGCCAUUCCCAGAAUUAAUUUAAAAAUCACCCAAAUCCGUUUAAAAAAGCUGAAAGUUCCAGGACUUUUGUCUGCUAGGUUGAAAUAUGUUAUUUGGUUUAAAUUUUGGUGACAGACAACGGGCAUCAGACACCCUCAAUCUUGCCUCUUCGUUUCAUUGUGUUGGUUGAUAAUGCUUCCUUCGACAGUAUUUGAACCCGUACUCUUCCGUCUGCGUUGUAUCCAAAUAUAUUGUUUGGAAUAUG